UGUCCCAACUCCUAAUGUGCUGUCAUCGAGCACUUCAGACUUAGUUCACUGUGAAACACAAGGAAGAAAGGAUUUGGACCCAUGUCUCCUUUUACAUGAGCAUCUAAAGGCCUUCGAUGAUGAAAUCAAUGCUUUUUUGGAUUAUAUGUUUGGGCCUCGAGAUUCCCGAGUCAGAGGGUGGUUCAUGUUGGACUCUUACCUGCCUACCUUUGUUCUUACUGUCAUAUAUUUGCUUUCAAUAUGGCUGGGUAACAAAUACAUGAAGAACAGACCUGCUUUUUCUCUCAGGGGAAUCCUCACCUUGUAUAAUCUUGGAAUCACACUUCUCUCCGCCUACAUGUUAAUAGAGCUCAUUCUCUCCAGUUGGGAAGGAGGCUACAACUUACAGUGUCAAGAUCUCACCAGCGCUGGGGAAGGCGAUAUCAGGGUAGCCAAGGUGCUAUGGUGGUACUACUUCUCCAAAUUAGUAGAGUUCCUGGACACAAUUUUCUUUGUUUUGCGAAAAAAGACAAAUCAGAUCACUUUCCUUCAUGUCUACCAUCAUGCCUCCAUGUUUAACAUCUGGUGGUGUGUCUUGAACUGGAUACCCUGUGGACAGAGUUUCUUUGGACCAACACUGAACAGCUUUAUCCACAUUCUAAUGUACUCCUAUUAUGGACUCUCUGUGUUUCCAUCCAUGCACAAGUACCUUUGGUGGAAGAAAUACCUCACACAGGCUCAGCUGGUGCAGUUCCUGCUCACCAUCACCCACACGCUGAGUGCCGUCGUGAAGCCCUGUGGCUUCCCCUUUGGUUGCCUCAUCUUCCAGUCCUCCUAUAUGAUGACACUAGUCGUCCUGUUCUUAAAUUUUUAUGUUCAGACAUACCGAAAAAAGCCAAUGAAAAAAGACAUGCAAGAGCUGCCUGCAGGAAAAGAAGUCAGAAAUGGUUUUUCCAAAGCCUGCUUCGCGGAAGUGAAUGGAGUGAUAAGCAAGAAAGCCCAAUGACAGAGUGACAGGGAACGCAUGCCUGGCACCAGCCCAACAAGUCCGCUUGUUUUAAAGCAAAGACUGAAUUGAAAGUUGUAUGUUUUAGCAUAAACUAAUUUCUUCUGAGUUUAUAAAAUCAUUUGUACCAGAAUGUAUUAAUAUAUUGCUACUAGGUUAAUCCAUUAAUGCUUUGGUCAGCAUCAAGGCGAUGCUGGACCCUGAAACUUCAGAGCAGAUGCCCCCUCCCUCCGCGCAGACUCACCCUUCCUAGGUGCACUCUGUAACGCCACACACGUCCAAGGCCAAGAGGUGUGGGGCACUGUCAUUCAUGGCAAGUCUUCAAGUGGAGUGUUGUUCAGAUUAAACUGUCAAACAAAACGUUGUAUUGUAAAUAUUGACAUGAUCUAAUAUACAGUAAGCAAUAAUCGUCAGUGCAUAAAGGAAUCAACCGCAGAAAAUAUUAAAAUGGGAUCAGAAAGUGAAGACAAAAAUCUAGUCAAACCUCUCAGGCCAGAGCCUUGUUUAUCAAACUGUCACAACCACUUCUGAUUAUCUUUUGUUUAGAAUAACUAAUCUUAAAAUUAUUUUGAAACUUUUCUGCGAAAUCCUCAUUUCUCAGGGGCUUUGGAUACAGGAGUCUCCCUGUUUUAAUUUGGUUUCCUUAACAAUUUAAAUAUUCAUGUCCAUCUCCCUUGUUAGCUAGCCUAGGUUAGUAAAGGUCUGAGCUCCAGACUAAAGCUGUCUCCCAAACUGGCUGCUUGUUUCUUUGUGAAGAAGGACUGCAGUCCAGCCCACCCUUUUCCUACAAUGUCUGUGCCACUGGAACACUUACUAUCAGAAUUCACAGAGAAAUGGGGGUAAGUCAGACUUGUCUGUUUUUUGUGAGCCUAUUCAUGAAUAUUAUUCCAAAUCCUUGCUAUCAAUCUUUGUAGGUUAUUUAAGUAUUUGAAAAUAGACAGAAAACACUGUCAUAGUUUAGAAAGGCUCUGGCUCUGAGCCACAGGCUGGUGAUGAGCACAGUGACAGUGCCAGUUUGGCAAACUCGACACAUCCUUUCCCAGCUCAGCACUGAUCUCUGAGAACAAGCACAAAGGCCAAGGCAGCACUGAACAUUCCCUUUCUCCCUCAGUGCCGGGCUGUUAAUCACUAUUAACUGUACCAAGGAUGAAAACAAAGGAUUAAUUUAUCUUCUUUCCCAUCUCAGUUUUUUUUUUUUAAGAUAAAAGUUUUUAGGUCAUAACAUUAAUAUUAGGUGCACGGGCACUAAAAAAUUCUCACCACUUUGCCAGCCAUGAUGCCAUUCAGUCCCUUCUGUCCCCUCCCGAGCUUUAGUUUUAAAUUCUCCCUGGUUGAAAACUAGACCAACUUUCUAAACAUUCAUCUCACAUCAGCUCCCCUUUCUCAGGACUCUGGCCUGUGUGGUUGAAAGGUGACUAACGCUGUGUGGACUUCAGGUGAAUUCUUCCUGCCCUGUGACAGCCUUUCUCUUCUGACUGGUCAUUUCUGUGGAACAGACCCCUCUUCCUGUCUCAUGCCUGCUCUCUUUUUCUUCUUCACAACCCUGUUCUGGUAAUGGGGUUUGAACUCAGGGGCACUCUACCGCUGAGCCAAAUCCCCAGCCUUUUUUGAGCCAAGAUCUCCCUAAGUUGCCCGGGCUGACCUCAAAUUUUCAGUCCUCCUGCUCAGCCUCCUCAGUUGCUGGGAUUCCAGGCAUGUGCCACACACCCAGCUGCUCUAUUUCCCAAAUGGUUGUCAAGAGGUGACUUGCUCUAGGGUGCUAUCUCACUUGCAUCAUUCAUCACUUUAACUGUAUUUAGUGUACUGUUCACUCCCAGGAAUUCAUUUUUAAAAAAGGGCUAACUUGGAGUAUGACUGUUACUGCUCUUCUAUAACAAGAUGCAGACUUGACUAAGGAGAAAGUCCCUUGGAGAAACCGGGUUCUGUUUAGUUCUCAGACACAGGCUGAAAUCUGUUACCAAAGUACAUUCCAGGUAAAUAUGAAACUCGGGAGAUGACAUUGUACUCAGCUUGUGUUUGUAUCAUCAGCUUAUCGUCACUGUAUUCAGCUUACUCUUACUUGCCAACGAGGCCCUGAAGUCUCACCAGGACCACACCUGCAAUGUUGGAUGUUUUCACGGGCUUCACAUCUGUAGAGCACAGAGGGAGUCACCCUUCGGCCGGUGGACAAAGUCAUGCAGCUGUCAGCACAUGGCAGUGUGAAACUGCUAAGUGGAGGUGAAUUCUACUAAAACUUAAUAAAACACUCAGAGCCUUAAACCAUUCGAGGGCUGAUAAAAAGUGCGCAGAGCUAUGAGAUCUGAGCCACAGAAAUUCAAUCAGGUAAAUAUUUUAACCUGUUAUUAAGUGCUAUGACUUUAAAAAAACAUUUAAAGAUGUUUGUUUAAUGUGAUUUUUCUAAAGCAUAACUGUAAAAGAAAUACUAUCUAUAUAAUCUAUUAAGAAAUAGAAAAUGUUUUUACAAGUCAAUUUCCACCUACUUGUGGAAAUGAAAACACAUACAUAAAUAUGAUAAAGCCUGUUUGUUAAUAAUUCCCCCAAAUUUUUAAAACUAAAAUGGAUUUGUUUGCUGAAUAGAAUUAAAAAUUUUUCAACCUAUCAAAAGCACUUAUUUAGACAUAUUGGUGGAUAAAGUCCCCUCCACCCCCAUCAGAGAAGUGAUUCUUACCUUUAAAGAAAAACAGUACUUACUGAAAUGGAAAAAAAAAAAAAUUGCAUUUUGUAUGUAAGAGACGAUUCUAGUUUUCCCCCAAUAUUUCUGUAGCAUUUUAUGUUUCUGAGGAGUACUUAUUUAGAAAAUAAGCAUAUCACUUUCUUCUUUUCCUUUGAAAGUGUAUAUAUCUAUAUAAUAUCAUGAUUAGGGUGGACAGGGAGACAGAAGAGCCAUUUUUCUUUGUAGAUAAAAAGCAUUCUGUAUGAUAUAUAAUAAAUCGAUUUUUACAUUAAAGCAAA